AUGUUAGAAGUAAAACCAGGUGUAUUAGUACGCGAUGCGAUCGCGAAAAUACUCGAGAAACGUGCUAUAUUACCGCAAAUGUGUAAUGUUUGCAUAGGUGCAGAUCCAUCAAGUCCUCGCAUUGAUUUGGGUAUGGAUUUGGAGCGAUUGAAUAGCUUACUAGAAGAGAAAGAAUUAUGGGUGCAUAGUGCAUAUUUAUCGAUACUUGUCUCAAUUCAGCACAGUUUUGUUCGGAAAACAUUUUUAACGGUUGCAUUUUGUGAUGUUUGUCGUAAACAAAUUUGGUUACAGGGUUAUCGAUGUGAGUUGUGCCAAUUCAAAUUUCAUCAAAAAUGUGGCUCAAAAGUGCCAAAUUAUUGUGAUCGUAUGCAACAAAUACCGCACGACGUUCAUAUGGCCAAUAAAUUGCGUGAUUUUUGCGUGCAACACGGUGGACCGAAUGCAGCACUUGUUGCCGAAAUCAUAGAGCAUUUUCAAAGUCCGAAUGCUGGUAAGGUUAAUUUACUAAGUCGUCAAACGAGCGGUAUUACACGGCAGCAAGCGAUCAGAUUACCAGUGAGAAACGAUGCCGUUCCAAUGGCUAUAAGCGAGUCCUCAAGAGAUCGAUCCUCAUCUGCGCCUAACAUUUAUGAAAUCACUAAAGACGAUUCUUCAUUGGAAGCGAAAGUAAUUGAUGUUUUAUCAUCAUCAAAUACACACGCAUCGACGCCAUCAUCUGAAGGAAUUACGUUUGCACCAUCGACUACUCAUCUCGUUUCUUCAUCGCAGUCAUCAUUAGGUGCAUCGAAUCGAAUUCAGUCUCCAUCUUCUACAACAACACAACAUCAACACAAACAGCUUCGUCACUUCGCGCAGCCGCAACCCACCACCACUCAGCGUGAUUGGCACACGUGUGCAUUUCGACGUUCCACCAAUCGUCUACAACCGUUCGCAAUGCCAGUAAAUCCAAUCACCAAUAAUAGCACCACAAAUCUAAACACAUCAUUUUUCGUCACAAGUUCUCCAACAUCCACAAGCUCAUCGCCGCCACUCGUCACCACUUCGUCGUCAACUGGAUUUGGUGCUGUUGGAGCGAUAUCAGGAGGUGCAACCGGAGGAGGAGGGGGACUGGCAGUGGGAAUGUAUUCUGGUUUGGGUGCAACGCUAGCCGACCGACCAAGCGCCUUACCACCUACACCGCCACAGUCGGCACCACCACAAAAAUCAAUCGGGUUCCCGCGAUUUCGUAGCAAAAGUCCAAGUGAUAAACAAAUCUUACGUGGUUCAACGACGCGUUCAUCAAAAUCGUCAGAUCGCCUUGGUGAUACUCAUGACAUGGAUUGUAAAGAGAAGAUCAAGCAACGAAUGUCUGUGGAAGAUUGGGAAAUAGACAGUUCAUUAGUGACGUACAAUAAGAAGAUUGGUAGUGGCUCAUUUGGAACUGUUUAUGGUGGAAGUUAUUUUGGAUUCACAGCCUAA